AAAAGCUGGAGUAGCAGUUGGAUGAGGCUCAGUCUGGUGCCGCGAUGGAAGUGGAUGCAGAGAAAGGUUCCCGUCGGCCCAGCGGAAUGAGCACCCUGGAAAAGUGCUUGAUAUUUCUCUUUGUGGCCAUGACUGCUGCCUGCAUCGGCCUUGUGGUCAUCUUCUUCAUAGACAGAGCUGAUGAGUCGUCCCCUCAUGUCGAAGAGCCGCAGUCUGGUUGUGGUGGACCUCGGGAGCUGUUGGGAGAGUCCGGCACCUUCACCAGCUGGAACCAUCCCAGCAAUUAUGACAACAGCAAGAGCUGCACCUGGCAAAUCACUGUGGAACCUGACAAGGUGAUUCAUCUGUGGUUUGAGGAGUUUGCACUGGAGGAAAGUUCACCCUGCACGUCAGACUUUGUCACACUUCAAGACUCUCUGGGAGUCAUGGGUAAAUACUGUGGUCACACCAAACCAAAUCCAGUGGUGACACUGACAAACCACCUGACGGUCUACUUUGACACAAACGACAGAAAUACAGACCGAGGAUUCAAAGCCCAGUACAAAGCUGUUGGUCCAGAGCUCACGGCCGAAAUAGCUGGAGCCGGUGGCUUUCUCCAAGGUGACCGAGGGGAUCUGAUGACCCCUCACUUUUCUGUGAAGGACUACCUGAAUGGAGCAUUAUACCAGUGGAGAAUCACGGUGCCUGAAGGUGAGAAGGUCACACUGACGUUCAACACCUUUGACCUGGUCCCGGAGAUCUGUGGAGACUACGUUCAGGUCUAUGAUGGAUACAAGCCUGGCUCUUCUUCAAUGGGUAAAUUCUGUGGGGGGUCGAUGCCAAAGCCAGUGGAGUCCAGCGGCAACUCAAUGGUGGUCCGCUUCAAAUCCAACGACCGUUUGACUUCAAAAGGAUUCAAUGCUACUUACACCAAAACCAGCUACACCACAACAAAUCCCACACCCACAUCCAGACCCAACGCCACCACACAAACCACCUCAUUUCCUACAUCGACAGGAGGUGGUGGUCCUGUGAUCCUCGAGGGGCGCAAAGGUGUGAUCCAGUCUGCGGGUUUUCCAAAUGCGUAUCCUCCUCACCUGAAAAGUUCGUGGAAGAUUUCAGUGUCCAAAGGAUUCCUGGUUAAACUGCAGAUCACUGAACUGGCCAUCACAGGAGAGACGGGACAGUGUAAAGAGGACAAACUCAUCAUCUCAGAUGAUCACAGCAUUCUAGGCACACACUGUGGCUACAUCCUUCCCCCAGUGGUGGUCAGUGCCAGUGAAACACUCUCUGUCACCUUCCAGUCUGACGGUCGCCUCACAGACCGAGGAUUCUCCGCCAAGUGGGAAGCCGUGUAUCCUGAGGACAUCACAGAAAUCCAGGGCUGUGGCAUUUCCUCCAAGGAGGAAACUGGAGUCAUCAAGUCCCAGAACUGGCCAAUGAACUACAAGGCUAACACUGAGUGCAUGUGGAACAUUGCUUUGCCUUUGGGGAAAAAAAUCACACUGACAUUCACAGACUUUGACCUGGAGGACAAGGACAUCUUCUCGUCCAAGUGCUAUGACAACAUCAUGGUGUAUGACAUCAAUGGUUUGACUGGUGCACUCAUAAAAACGCACGGUCCUUUCUGUGGGUCUAAGCUGCCUGCCACCAUCAAGACGACAGGCAGCAGGCUGCUGCUUCGUUUCCACACAGACUUGUUUACUGAGGGCAAAGGCUUCAGGGCCUACUGGACCACAAACCCCAGUCUGCCUGCUCCCACUGAACCACCUGUUCAGCCCAAUCCCUGGGACAACAUCGCUAUAGACUGGCCCGGUACAUGUGGCAAACCAGCCAUUCCUCCUGCUGUUGUGUCACGUAUAGUGAAUGGAGAGCCGGCCACGCCGCACUCCUGGCCCUGGCAGGUGUCCAUGCAGGUGUGGCCAGCCAGUCGCCCAGAACCUUCCUUCUCCCACACCUGUGGUGGCACUCUGAUCCACAAGAACUGGGUGCUCACAGCUGCUCACUGCUUCAUAAACUAUGCUGAUGAGCUGCAGCGCUGGCAGAUGUGCCUUGGCAAACACAACCUGACCUACACAGAGUCGAGCGAACGCUGCUUUAAUGUGUCUGGUAUCUAUCGUCAUGAGGGCUUCAAGUAUCCCACCGUGCCAACAGUGGAGUUUGACAUUGCCCUGAUCAGGCUCGACGGGGAAGUGAAACCCACUGACCAGAUUUCUUACGCCUGCCUUCCCUCUGAGGAAGAAGUCUUACCUAAAGACAAGAAGUGCUAUGCCACUGGCUGGGGAGAUGAAACCGGUGAUUCACUUAAUGCUAAGGUGGCAGAGGCUCUUAACCAGGUGGCCCUGCCUGUUGUGCCAUAUGACACCUGCAAGAGGAUGGAUUACUGGUGGUUCCAGGUCAAGACCUCCAUGAUCUGCUGUGGUUAUACCCUGCCUGAUGAGCUCAAGUCUGUCUGUCAGGGAGACUCCGGUGGACCUCUGGUGUGCCAAGAUACCCCUGGUGGCCCUUGGGAGGUUCAUGGUAUCACCAGUUUUGGCCCAAUUGGAUGCAUUAUGGAUAAGAAGCCCUCAGUGUUUACUCGCUCCUCUGCCUACCUCCCCUGGAUCACAAAUGUCAUCCGCAGAGACAUCUACCAUGAACACACAUCUGGCUGUGGAGGGCCAAAGGACUUGACUGGCACAGGCGGCACCGUGUCUUCGAUGCAUUAUCCGGGCAGCUACAGCAACAAAGCCCGCUGCCAGUGGAACAUCCUGGUGCCGGAGGGCAAAGUUGUGCAUCUCCAGUUUCACAAUUUCUCCCUUGAGGAGAGUGAGAUGUGUUUAAAUGACAAAGUCAGUCUCACAGACAGAAUAGGAACUCUAGGCACAUUCUGCAGCCACGUACCUCCAAAAGACCUGGUCAGCGAUGGAAACUCACUUCACAUCAGCUUCUCCUCCAAUGACAAGGUGGUGGACACAGGCUUCAGUGCCACCUGGAAGGCAGUGGAUCCAGCUGUGGCUCCUUGUGGAGGAAGCUUCAGCAGUAAUCAGGGUGAAGUCAUGUCUCCUAACUGGCCCAGUGACUACCAGGCACAGUCUGUCUGCACAUGGCGAAUCACCAUCCCCUCAGCAAAAAGUGUACAUGUCGCCUUCACUCACUUCGAGCUGCAGGCUGUUAAUGCGCUGGGAAAGUGUGUGGACUAUGUAGAGAUCUUCAAUGGAGAAAACAUGGCAUCACUAGGUCGAUUCUGUGGCUUUGCCCCUCCAUCCACCAUCAUCAUCCCCGGCAACAAGGUUAUCAUUCGAUUCCUCGCCAACAAAGAGAAUCAGCAGCAAGGGUUUCGUGGGUACUGGACCACUGAUGCCAGUGUUAUCCCAACUUUACCCGCUCCCACCCCGAAUCCAUGGGACGGUGUUACUAUCAGCUGGCCAGAGAAUUGUGGAAAACCAGCGGUGAAUCCCAGAACAGCGACCCCAAGGGUGGUUAAUGGAGAGGAGGCGAUCCCCCACUCGUGGCCGUGGCAAGUCUCCAUGCAGGCUUCACCAAUGCUUCCUAUACCAUACAUGCACGGUUGUGGAGGCUCUUUGAUCCACAGUGAGUGGAUCCUAACAGCUGCUCACUGCUUCAUGGUACCGUUAAAUAAACCCUCCUACUGGCGCAUGUGUCUCGGGAAGCACCACAUGAACUCCUCCAUGGAUGUUCCCUCAAAAGAGAGGUGCUACAAGGUGGACACUAUCAUCCGCCACGAGGGCUUCGUCUAUGAGCAGGAUCGUACGGACAUCACCAAUGAUAUAGCCCUGGUGCAUCUGACUGAGCCUGUCAAUAUGACAAGGGAGAUCAGCCCAAUCUGUCUGCCCAAGCCUGGGGCUGUGAUGCCAGCUGGGAAGCUGUGCUUUGUUACCGGAUGGGGGGACGAGAAAGGUAAUCUGUUUCCAAAAGUGUCUGAGAAGCUGAAUCAAGCAGCUCUUCCUGUUGUUGACUUCCAAACCUGCAGUAAACCUGCUUACUGGUGGGACACACUGAGGCCCUCCAUGAUCUGUGCUGGAUAUGAGUCUCCAGAUGAGCUUAAGUCUGCCUGUCAGGGAGACUCUGGAGGUCCUUUCGCGUGCACGGCUGCUGCUGCUGCUCCUGGCGCCGAGUCCACCUGGGAGGUUCACGGUGUGGUCAGCUUUGGACCUCAGGGCUGCAUCAAAGACAAGAAGCCAUCUGUAUUCACCCGUGUCUCUGCCUUCAGCGACUGGGUCAACAACAACAUCAAGAAGUUUAUAUAUGAAAGUAGUAAACCAUAAUAUGUGAAAAAAGAUUUAGUUUAUUACAAACCUCUUAUAUUUUCUACCGACCGAGUCACGGAACCUCUUUACUUCUUAUCUGAAUAGUUUUAGAACAAAUGUUGUUGUUUAAUUACAUCAAGACAAUGUUAUUUACAGCUCUAAUGUAUGUUUUAAUUUUAAGAUUAAUUUGGCAGGUUUUGUGUAUAACUGACAUGAAAUCAUUAUUUCAGUGUAAGCUGUUGUGACUUUAACUUAUGAGAACAUGUAUGCAUGAACACGCUGUGUUAUAAAUGAUCACAAAUGACUAAUAAUAAAGUCAAAAACUGG